UUUGCAGCAGCAGCAGCAACAACAACAACAGCAGCAGCAACAACAACAGCAGCAGCAACAACAGUAGCAACAACAACAACAACAUCAUGAUGGCCAACUACCCCAAGCCCGAAGAAAAGACCCUGCAGGCCCUGCGGGACGCGGCCAACCGCCUAAGGAUCCACUCCAUCAAGGCCACAUGCGCCUCCAACUCAGGUCAUCCUACAUCAUGCUGCAGCGCUGCUGAGAUCAUGUCCGUGCUCUUCUUCCAAACCAUGAAAUAUAAAGCGGCUGAUCCGGGAAAUCCAAACAAUGACCGUUUUGUCCUGUCGAAGGGUCACGCUGCUCCAAUCCUGUAUGCCGCUUGGGCCGAGGCCGGUUAUGUCAAGGAACCUGACCUCCUGAAUUUGAGGAAGAUUGACUGUGACUUGGAGGGGCACCCUACUCCUAGAUUAGCGUUUGUCGAUGUAGCGACUGGCUCUCUAGGACAGGGCCUGGGAGCUGCUUGUGGGAUGGCUUACACCGGCAAAUACUUUGACAAGGCCAGUUACCGGGUGUUCUGCCUGCUGGGAGAUGGGGAAUCCUCGGAAGGCUCCGUCUGGGAAGCCCUGGCCUUUGCUUCGCAUUACAAAUUGGACAAUCUCGUGGCAAUCUUUGACGUGAACCGAUUGGGACAGAGUGAAGCAGCUCCUUUGCAGCACAACACCGGUGUUUAUCGGAACCGCUGUGAGGCCUUUGGCUGGAACACCUAUGUUGUGGAUGGACAUGAUGUGGAAGAGUUGUGUCAAGCUCUGUGGCAGGCUGCUCAGGUGAAGGAUAAGCCCUCUGCCAUUAUUGCCAAGACUUUCAAAGGCCGAGGCAUCGAGGGUGUUGAGAAUGCAGAUAAUUGGCAUGGAAAGCCUAUGCCAAAGGACAGGGUAGAAUCCAUCAUCAAUACAAUCCAAAACCAGAUUCAGACUAAUACGAAUCUGUCUCCCAAACCGCCUACAGAAGAUGCACCUCAGAUCAGUGUUGCGAAUGUGAAGAUGCCCUCUCCACCCAAUUACAAAAUUGGUGACAAGAUAGCUACCCGUAAAGCAUAUGGCCUGGCCCUGGCUAAGUUGGGUCAUGCAAAUAACCGAGUGGUUGCCCUGGACGGUGACACGAAAAACUCCACCUUUUCUGACUUGUUCAGGAAGGAACACCCCGAGCGCUUCAUCGAGUGCUUUAUUGCUGAGCAGAACAUGGUCAGCGUGGCACUGGGGUGUUCCACCCGUGACCGGACCAUUGCUUUCGCUAGCACCUUCGCUGCUUUCUUGACCAGAGCCUUUGAUCAUAUUCGGAUGGGGGCUAUCUCUCAGACCAACAUCAACCUCUGUGGCUCCCAUAGUGGCGUCUCCAUUGGUGAAGAUGGGCCCUCCCAGAUGGCCCUGGAGGAUCUAGCCAUGUUCCGAACAGUUCCUAACUGCACAGUUUUCUAUCCCAGUGAUGCCGUCUCCACAGAGCACGCGGUUACUCUGGCCGCCAACACCAAGGGAAUAUGCUUCAUUCGAACCAGCAGGCCCGAUACGGCAGUGCUUUACUCCCCAGAGGAAAACUUUGAGAUUGGACAGGCCAAGAUUGUCCGCCAGAGUGACAUGGACAAGGUCACGGUUAUUGGAGCUGGAGUGACCUUGCACGAGGCUCUGGCAGCUGCUGAUGAACUAGCCAAAGAAGGAAUCCGUAUCCGUGUGAUUGACCCAUUCACUAUUAAACCACUGGAUGCUGCCACCAUCAUCGCCAGUGCUAGGGCAACAGGAGGACGUAUUAUUACAGUUGAGGACCAUUACAGAGAGGGUGGAAUUGGUGAGGCUGUGUCUGCUGCUGUUUCGGGGGAACCUGGCAUUCUUGUUCAUCAGCUGGCAGUAUCAGGAGUACCUCGAAGUGGGAAACCUACCGAGUUGUUGGACAUGUUUGGAAUCAGUGCCAAAUACAUCGCCGCUGCUGUGAAAUCUACUUUUGCAAAUUAAUUGCUGAAACAAAAAGUGUGUCUGCUUUGGCCUUAUACUGUUGGCAUCUUUACGUUUCGAUGCUGUAAUUUGUGAAUUCAUCACUUUAAAUUACCUCUCACUGGUGUAUUUAAGGAUAGGUAACACUUUCAUUUCCAUUAGCAGCUCCUGGUUUCCUGUUUAAAAAUGUGACUGCGCUUAGAAAUGCUGCUAUCUCUUUGGGUCCAUAAAAUUGUUCGGAUGAAAUUCCAUUAGUGUACAGAACCUGCUCUCAUUCUAAGAAACCUCAUGGCAAAUGCAGUAGAAUUUGUGCUAAAUAAACCUCUUGGUAGAUUUGAGAACCAAUCUGUCUCUGGGGGAAACGGGAGGCUCAAACUCUUCUUUCAGUUUCAGUUCUGUUUAAUGGAAGUUGUAGCAUUUGAAUUCACCCUUAAAAUGUUUAUACGAACCCCCAAAGUUUUGAAGAAAUUGUAGUAGUUAUCUCCCCAUUCCAGACUGACACAUCAUUUUGUCUCACCUGUAGCUUCCUGGAUCCUAAUUUUAAGCAGUCGCCUCUGUCAUUCCUCCCAUGUUUGCUUUGUCUUUCAGGUUUAAUAUACUGGGACCAUGGAGCAGAGAUGAGAGUCUGUGUAAUGCACUGCUCUCCCUGCUGCGUUCCUUCUGUAUGUGUAGGGAAACAGAUAAGUUAGCUCUUGUUUGCUAAUUAUAGUGUUCAGUGGACAGUUUCGUAGUUGUUUUGAAGACUUUCAUUGUAAAAACGACCAAGCUAAAUCGUCUGAAUUAAUUAUAAUACGGUGAGGAGUGAAAGAAAUCAACUCAGCCAAAAUAAAUCAUAAUUUCAUGCCU